AUGUUGCCGAAAUCAAAGAAGCACAAGAACUGUCUGUGGCAACAUUUCCGACUAACAGCAUUCAAGCCACUGCAAUGGCAAAUAAUAAGCAACAUAAUCGAACCACGAGGCGAACGCAAUGAUGUGUGCGCCGUUAUUGCGACCGGGUAUGGUAAAUCGUUGAGCUAUCAAUACCCGGCAUUCUAUCUGAAUAAAGUGGUGUUGGUCAUCUCGCCCCUUAUUGCACUGAUGGAGGAUCAGGUGGCGGCGCUGAAUGAGCGAUCGCAGCCCAACGAUUGCGCCUGCUUGUUGGGCACAGCGCAAGAGGAUCGUGGCAUCAAGCAGCGCAUCCUGCGACGCCAGUACAAACUGGUGUAUGCCACACCCGAGUACAUAACACGCGGCAAUGGCCUCAAACUGUUGCACGAUCUGGGCCAGAAUCUGGCGCUAAUCGCCAUCGAUGAGGCGCACUGCAUAUCCAAGUGGGGCCAUGAGUUUCGACCCGCCUAUCGGCAGCUCCAGCAGCUGCGUGCCGCUGUGCCGCACGUGCGUCUGUUGGCGCUGACGGGGACAGCAACGCGGCGUGUGCGUCUCGACAUUUGCCAGCAGCUGCAGUUGCACAAACCGUUGCUCUUAUGCUGCCCCAUUGAUCGUGCCAAUCUGGAGCUGACGGUGCGUCCGAAGAGCGACGAUUUGUGGUCCGAUCUGCAGCAGUACCUGAGCUGGGCCACCGAAGCAGCGGGCGCUGUCAUCAUCUAUAACAAUACGAUUAAGGAGACGCAACUGAUGGCCAAGCGGUUGACACAGCUGGGACGGCCGUGUCAUAGUUAUCACAGCAAAUUGCCGCUGGAGCAGAAGCGUCGCCAUCAACAGGAGUUCAGUGAGGAUCGAGUGCGUUGCAUGGCGGCCACCACGGCGUUUGGCAUGGGCAUUGAUAAGCCCAAUGUGCGACUUGUGGUGCAUUAUGGUGCACCCAGUGAUAUGGAGCGUUACUAUCAGGAGAUUGGACGUGCGGGACGCGAUGGUUUGCCGGCCAAAUGUGUGCUCUUCUAUGGCGACACCGAUGCGGCAUUGCAUCAACGUUUGCAGCAGAGUCAAGCUCUGACCGCGGAGCGCAGCGAGGAGUUGCAACAGCUGGCCCGCAGCAUGCAGUCUUACAUCGAGAGCAGCGAAUGCCGACGACAGUUCAUACUCAAGUACUUUGACGAUGCGACGAGCCUAUCCAAUUGGCAGUGGCGUGGCAAUUGCUGUGACAAUUGUCGCAAGGCGCGACAGCUGAGGGGACACACCGAACAUCCACUUCCCACACAAUUCGAUGUGGGCCGCGAGGCGCGUUUGCUACUCGGCAUGCUGCGCGAUGUCAACGGCCGUGUGGGUUAUGGCAAACUGAUUUUGGCCUUGCGCGGAUCCCGGAACAAAUGUGUGAACAGCGCUUGCCGUGAGCACGAGCACUUUGGCCAGGGGGCUCAUCGUUCGAUUACCUGGUAUAAGGCACUCGCUGAGCACCUAAAAGCGAUGGGUUACAUUAAGGAUGAGUAUCAGAAGAGCGGAACAAGCGCUUAUGGUUACUUAAUGCCGCAGGUCACGUUGAAGGGUUGCUGUUGGCUGGACAACGAUAAGACUGAAGGGACGCUGCUCAUUGAACCAAGUCCACGUUUGGCCAAACUGCUGUUCAAGCGCAAAAAGAAGUCAAAGUCGUCGAAGAGCCCGCGGAAGAGCAAGGACGAGGACAAGGACUUGAAGCUGGAUUGGGGCUCCGAUAUUGAUCUGUCGGAGCUGGAUGAAAAGGUGGAGCAACAGCUGGAAGAACAACAGCGUGCUGCAGUUACCGACAAUGUUUGGGGACCCGAUAUUGAUAUCGAUUUCCAGCAAAUCGAUGCAGCAGUUGCCCAACAGCAGAUGACGAAGCUCAACGAUCAACAUCAGGAUCAAGAUCUCGCCUCGUUGUUGGCCGAUUGCCAGAAGAUCUUGCAUGAGGAGCAGGAGCAUGCGACGCGCACAUUAAAAGCCCGCAAACGGGUUUGGGAAUACCUCGAGGGCAGCUAUCAGAAGAUGCCUUUAAUACCAAAGUACAAAUACAGUUCGCAACCUCGCAAAGCGAAUUAA